AUUCCAGUUAACAUCGGUGUAGCCGAGAGUAGAACAUGGCAAAGGCUUCUCCUAGCUAAAUUCUCAUGGGAAAUGAUUAGUAAAGUCUGAUGCCUAAAGUUGGUAGACGUCCAAGAAGACUUCACAGCAUGGUAUUUCUGGACAUACUUCAAGAAGAGAAUGAUCCAAACAAGACCAUUUGCUGAUGAAAGAAGAUCAGAUAUCAGGUUUUGCGUAAGGCUAAGAAAUCUAUCCAGAAGCUGGAGCAAACCUUGGGUUCUUUUCUGAAGAUGAAAGAGUCCUUCAGUCUGGAGGAUGGGAACCCGUCCAGCUUGGAGGAAGUCAGGGAGGAAUAUGUCAAGAGGCACUUCAGCAAUCACAGCACUGCAUCAGCCUUGGAAGCUGUGAGUGAGAGUGACUCUACCGUCUGGUGUCUGACUGGAGGAUGUGAAAAACAAACACUGGAAGAGGAUGGGAAGCCAGAAUUGAUCCAGUCUUCAGAGACUUCAUCCCCAGAUCUGGUGGAAUUUGAACGAUACCUGUAUUUUUAUAAGCACACAGUGGACCUGCUGAUAGAGCAUGGAAUUGUUUGCACUGAGGAGGUGCCUCUUCCUGAGGUCUCCACAGCUAUUUCCCACCUCUGGCAAGAGCUUUCUGAAGAAAGGAGAGACAGCAUCUUGCAGUACUGUAGCCAGAGAGAUUUCCUCGUGGAUCCUAAGGCUGCUUGUCAAGAGCCUGCGUGCACUGAAGGUAGUGUGAGGGACAGCCGAGGUAACAGUGAGGAAGCCAGUGGUUCCUCAGUCUCCACACCAGAGGAAGUAAUGUUUGAAGAUGCAUUUGAUGUUGCUGCUGGUUUCCUUGACAGAAGCGAGACUCAGGGAAUGUCUAGCCAGAGUUCAGCAUUUGCAAGCUGCACUUCUGAAAGUCCAGAGGAUCACCAUGGACUCUAUCUGCAGAUCACUGACUUCCUGAAAAGACUUUUCUUUGCUAAUACACAGUUUUGCCAGGAAGAAGAUCUUCAGUUCGAUUAUGAGACUGUGAUGCUGAGGUGCACUGAGACCUUCGAUGAUGAAGAUUUCUAAACAGUAUCUCUGUUUGCUAAUGUUUUGCCAAGCAUUGCUGGGUAUACCAGGCACGUGAAGAGACUGCACCUCUUUCAGUGAAGCCCCUCUCUGAGCAGAGUGUGGAGACACUGUGUUAAAGUGGUUUGUUACCAUUGACUUCCCAUUCCCUCAUCAGUGCUUCUUGAUAUAUCAGUUGAGUAAUUUAUACCUUUAAAAGUUCCAGGUUUUAGAUAUUUAUAAAAUCUUAAGAAAUACUUUUGUCUAUUGCUUUUUAAUGUUUAACCUCACUUCACAAGUAAACUGAGGCAUGUACAGUUAAGUGACCUUGCCUAGCAUAAGCUGUGGAAGAGCUGCAGAGAGGUGACAUCAGUGACAGCCUGCACACCCCCAGAGGAUGCAGGUCUCAAACUGCAGCCUGCAAAAAAUCACAAAAAGUGCCCUGCACCCUGGCAGUGAUUACUUUUCUGGUGCAAUUUUUCAGCUCAGGCUGACAAGGAAAGAGGGAUUUCCUCACAGAGAGUGAGAUGAGUCUCCUCCAUCUCUUGAUGAGGACAGCAGCAGUGGCCACCCACUCCCAAAUUACCCAGAGAAGUGGAGGCACAAUAACACACUUUGGAUUAUUUACUUUUGCACAGUGUGUAAAGCUGAGUGAUCAGCCCUGAGCUCUUCUGCCACAUCUCAUUCUUUGAUGAGUAGUGCUGCUCAGAUAGUGUCUUGGAAUUAAAAAUGCUAUGAAGAUAAAUAAAAUCCUUCACAUCUCAGAGCUAUCA